AUGACGGUAGGACGUACCAAGAUCAAGGUGACCCUCGCGGGAUCGCUGGUAUACUAUUUCAAUGUAUGGGUAGGCGAUCUGGCAGGGCAAGAAGCGAUUCUGGGUAUGGAUUUUAUGGUGCCUGCUGGAGUGCGGCUCGAUCUAGCGGAUGGCGCGCUAUGUCUACCAGAAGAAAUCCGCAUUCAUCUCGCAGGACGUCGCCCCGCGUACGGAUCGAAGAUACAACAUAUAACGGCGAAGGACCAACACGUGGUGAUCCCGGUCGGAGAGUCAAGGGAAGUGAAGAUCGGAAUCGGAGGGGCUAAGAUGAAGUUGUGGGUCGCUAGAGGACUAGAUUGGGUCCCCACUGUGAUCUCGGGGUGGGGGUAA